AUGGAUCCCGAGGUCUCCCUGCUUCUCCAGUGCCCGCUGGGAGGACUUUCUGAGGAGCAGGUGCGGGCAGAGUUGAGCCCAGCUUAUGACCGGCGUCCACUGCCUGGAGGGGACGACCCCAUCACUGCCACCUGGAAUGCCCGCAGGCAGGCCCAGCCCUGGCUCUUUGAUGCUCCCAAGUUUCGACUGCAUUCAGCAUCCCUGGGGUCCCCUGACCCAGGGGGGCCCUGCCUGAAGUUGCUUAUGGGGCUCACCUCUUACCGAGACUUCCUAGGCACCAACUGGGCUGGCUCAGCCGGCAGGUUGAGGUGCCAGGGGAAGGCUGACUGGGGGGAUGCCCAGGCCUACUUGGCAGACCCACUGGGCGUGGGUGCCAUGCUGGGCACAUCGGAUGGCUGUUUUGUCUUCCUACGCCGGUCUCUGAAGGUGGCUGAGGCCCCUGGGCUGAUCGAUGUGCCAGGGGGGCACCCUGAGCCUCAGGCUCUGUUUCCCGGGGAGAGCCCGCGGCACGAGGACCUGCCCGAGGACCUGGUUGUCCGGGAGUUGUUUUCCUCCAUCCUGCAGGAGAUCCGGGAUGAGGUGAAUCUGCCCUUGUCUGCUUUGAGCCGUCCCCUCCUUCUGGGCAUCGCCCGAAACGAGACCAGCGCGGGCAGGGCCAGUGCCGAGUUCUCUGUCAGCUGUAGCCUGAGCUCUGAGCAGGUGAGGACCCUCUACAGGACCGGAGGGCUGGAAGCUCAUGAGUCCACUGACAUCAUCUUCAUGGAAUCGCGGGUGAGAGCUGAGAGGCAGGACGCCUGGGUCCCUGGCUGGUGCUGGGAGGCAGAACAAGGUGGGGCAGGAGGGGUGACAUCCAGCCAGGGCUGCAGGUGGCAUCUUGGAAGGGAGAGGGUUUGCCCCCAAUCCCAUAGGCAGGAAGUGGCCGCCCUCCGUGGCCAUCCCCGUCCUGUCCUCUGUCUCCAAGGCCUGCACUGAGUUUGAAGCUGUUCCCAGAUUCCAUUUGAUUUUUUAAACUCACCUUCUCCUUAGAAUCAGUACUGUGUACGGGUUCCAAGGCAGAAGGGCAGGACGGGCUAGAUAAAUGAAGUUAAGUGACCUGUCCAGGGCCACCCAGCUGGGAAGUGUCAGGCCAGAUUGGAACCCAGGACCUCGUGCCUCCAGGCCUGGCUCUCCGCCCACUGAGCCACCUUCCUGACCCCAGAUGAGAUUUUAAAGAGGGUAAAUGGGCCGCCUUGAACCGUAUAAUCCUCGUAUGGAGUGCAGGCAUGGAAAAGGCCUUGGAGACAGGAAUUGGGGAGUGGAUGGCCAGCUCCGCGAGAGUCUGCGGCUGCCGCGAGAGCUCCGUCUGGCCUCCACUGCAUUCCUGGGAGCUGAGAAUAUCCAUGAGGAAGAGGGUUCCUGUGGUUCCCUUUGGGGCACGGCGCGUUAGGGUGGGAGCCUCUCCGAAGGACACAUGGGGCAGGCCCUCAAGUGCAUGGAGAUGGGAAUCUGUCCCAGAGAAGAGAAGGCUGGGGGGAAAGGGGAGGAUUUGCCUUUGCAGGGCUGACCGGUGGGAGGGGCACGUGUAAGCCGGCUCUGCCUGGCCCCAAAGGCCUGAGCUUGGGGGUGAUGGGGGCAGAGAUGCCCGGGAGGCCCUCCCUGGAAGCCUUGGGGCAAAGGCUGGAUGGCUGCCUGCCAUACCCGGAGGAGGGGGAUUCUGGGGCAGUUCUCUGAGGCCCUUCCAGGGGCGAGCUGGCAAGGGAGAGACAAGGAUGCCCAGGAACGGCCCGGGAGGGAGGGAGGCCAGCUGGGCCCUGGAACCCUCAUCUAAGUCGUCUUUCUGCGCAGAGAGUGCGCCGCCUGCAGGAGGAAGCCGAAGCCUGGGCUGAGCUCUGCCCCUCGGCCAAGGGUGCCAUCCUCCUCCACAACCUGGUCCAGGCCAGGACGUCCUGAGGAAAGGCCCCGUGUGGCCAUCCCUCCUCCCCGGAUUGUACAGACAAUAAAGCAUUUAUUCUUGGA